AUGGCGUCCGCGUUCAGGGAAGAGCAUCACGACUCUGAUGUCGAUUCCUACCACGCCACAACUCACCACGCCACCACUGCCCGUGUCGCUGGCGCCAACGGACGUGGCAAUGACCAUGCCGGCCAGGCACUAGACGGCGAUGAGAUGCCUCCUUUGGAAAAUGCAUCGACUGCUGACACCAACGACCACAUCAUCAGCAAGAACAACCCUCGCCGAGAGAUCACUCGAGAGAAGAUUGCCACUGCAGCCAGGGAGGGAAAAACAUGGAGUGUUGCCCAUAUCAAGCACAAAUGGAAGUGGUAUCUCUUGGGGACCAUCAUCUUCCUUGCCAUUCUGCUGCCCAUUAUCUUCACCGUGGCGCUGCCCGCCAUUGUCCAGCUGAUUGUCAACCAGCAGACACUCCCUAUUAGAAGCGGCGCACUUAACGUCAUUGCACCAGACGCCCUCAAGAUCACACUGGACAGCUCAUUUCGCACUCCCCCUGGUCUCAAAGCAAAGACCAAUGAAUUUGUUCUGGAGCUCUACGACAAAAGCGCUCCCGAGUUUGAUCCCUUUCUGUCUGUCGAAGUGCCCCCUCUGGAUCUUCAAGGCGGCAACACCAACUUUAGCAUCAAGGACCAGGAACAGAAAAUCACAAAUCUUGAGUCCUUAACUUCAUGGUUCAGCGGAUUCUACGAUGCCCCCGGCGAGUACGACCUCAGCGUACGUGGUACCGAGGCUGUCAUUUCUCUCGGUGCCCUCAAGUCGCAUCCUCGUCUCGACAAAACCAUCAAGCUGCAGGGUCUCAAUGCGCUUCAAGGCAUCCAAAUGCGCAAGCUUGAAUUUCUCUUCCCGACCCAAAAUGGCAUCAACCUGAGGGGUGAUCUCAUGCUUCCUAACGUUAGCCCCCUCGCCUUAUCUUUUGGAGACAUCACACUGGGUAUCGCCUCGGGCGACAUGAAGCUCGGCGAGCUCACCUUAGCGGGCAUUGUUAUUGAACCUGGUAACCAUACUCAGUCUUUUGAGGGCUUCAUUGACCUCAAUGUCAUUCUUGGAAACCUCAGCGGCUUCCUUGGCAGCCAAUCUCGACCCCUGGGCGAAGGUGUCGUGCAGCUCAACGCCACGGCCACCAAGGUCGUGAUCAACGGAGACCAGCACAUCACAUUCCUGGAAGAGGUUUUGGGCAAACGGCCACUGGCAGUCAACAUUUCCGUCGUCACUCUGCUGAGCGACAUUCUCAGCGGUCUACUCAAGGGCGGCGGUGCCAUUACUGGCGACGGGCCGAGCAACGGUACUGACUUUAUCAACGCCCUGUCUGGCGUCUUUGCCAAUCAGACACUCCUCGGCAACAUUGCCGGCCACUGGAGCAAGCACAAGUCGCGCAGUGUCGACUCUGGUCUGGAAACGCGCUCCCUAUUGGGCGACAACGCAAUGUGGAACAUGGUCAAGCUCGGACUCAAGCUCAAGGCUAUGCAGAAGAAGUAA